UAUUGAUUGAGAGGAGAGGACAGCGAGACAGUUGACAUGCAGCAGACUACUGCAGCAGGGAAACUCAAAGAAGAUCAACAAAGUCAAAAAGAUGUGGAAGUUCCAGAAAAGUUUGGGCUGUUUAUUCCUCCUCUGUGUCUUCGGCUCGACUGAGUGCCGCGUGCUGAAGUUCGUAGUCGCUGUAUUCCGCCAUGGAGAUCGAUCGCCUAUUGAAUCAUAUCCCAGGGAUCCUCAUGGGGAGGAAGUGUGGGCUCAGGGCUUCGGACAACUGACUGAGCUGGGCAUGAAACAACAGUUUGAGCUGGGCAGGUUUCUAAAGAGGCGUUACAGCAACUUUCUCAGCGAAGACUACAACAACAAAGAGUUAUACGUGAGAAGCACUGACUACGACCGUACUCUGAUGAGUGCGCAGGCCUGCCUUGCUGGGAUGUUCCCCCCAACCAGACACCCGCCUCCCAUCAUGCCCCAGUUACUGUGGCGGCCUAUUCCAGUGCACACCAUCCCCAGAGUCCAGGACAAGCUGUUGAAGUCUCCGGGCAAAGAUUGUCCAAGGUUCAGAGCGCUGAUGACGGAGACGUUUGAAAGCGAGCGCUACCAGAGGUUCCUCAGGGCUCACCAGUACUUUGUCGAGAGACUCUCCAACAACACUGGCUACCCCGUCUCCAAACUGGUUGGCAAAAAAAUCUGGAGGGUCUACGACACUCUUACCUGUCAGAGGAUCCAUAACUUGACUCUCCCACGCUGGGCCACCCAAGAUGUUCUGGACACCCUGAAGAGAAUUGCAUCAUUCGAGGUCAUGUACAGCAUCCUCAGUCAUAAGCGGAAAGAGAAGGCCAGGCUCUCGGGAGGGGUGCUGCUGAACGCCAUCCUGAGGAAUUUCUCAAGGGCUGUAGAGCAAGGGAGCUCCCUCAAAUUCAUUAUGUACUCAGCUCAUGACUCUACCCUCAUCACCCUCCAGGCAGCUCUGGAUGUGUACAACGGCCUUCUUCCUCCUUAUGCUGCCUGUCAACUCUUCGAGUUCUACCAGGAGUAUGAUGGGUCCUACUCUCUGGAGCUGUAUUACCGCAAUGACUCCUGGCGGGACCCCUACCCCAACCCUGUGCCUGGAUGCAACGGGUUGAACCCCUGCCCGUUGUCCAUGUUCACUGAGCUGGUGCGGGACGUGGUGACAGACGACUGGGAGGUUGAGUGUGGGUUUAGGACGAGAUUGUCAAGCACAGGUGUCAUAACAGCUCUUGCAGUUGCUGUGGGUCUCCUGGUAGUGGCGCUGUUGUUCAGCAUAGGAGUGGCAAUCCACAGGAGGAGAGCACACUACUCCAGGGAGGUGUAGCGCAGACAUCUGUCACACAUGUGCCAAAAAUACACAGAGGUGCUUCUCUUAUUAUAAUGUGCCAUGUAUUUUAAAACUUUGGAUCCUGAUUUGUUGUGUGGAGGGGGCUGUGAGCUCUUUACUUCUUUUAUGAUUUGUGUUUCUGUGAUUAAAAGAAUAUACAUAG